AAUGUGUAACUCGAUCUGCAUGAAGUUACACUCUUACAGAAUUGGCUUUGCUCUAAUAAAAGGUAGAAUUUCGUCGGCGACAUCUGUGCACUCCCAGCAUCAACAUCCCGCCUGAUUAAUGAUGCCCUCUUUCUUUUCUGUCGGCUUAUAACUGGGACAAAGACUUUCUCCAAGUUUGGCCUGCCCCUUUAACAGCAGUGCAGCCCUAGUGGUGAUUAUCGGACUGUCCGAUUCCCUGGAAACUCUGCGGCAUAGCUCUCACUUUAAACCGGGAUCAUGGCGGCUCCGCUCGGGCGGGACACGCUACCUGAACACUGGUCCUACGGAGUGUGUAGGGAUGGCAGGGUCUUUUUCAUCAACGACAAAACUCGUAGCAGUACUUGGCUCCAUCCCCGCACUGGUGAACCUGUCAACUCAGGACACAUGAUACGAUCAGAUUUACCGCGGGGAUGUGAAGAGGGCUUCACCGAGGAAGGCGCCAGCUACUUUAUAAACCACAACCUGAGGACGACGACAUUCAGGCAUCCUGUGACGGGACAUAUAUCCUCAGAAAACACGGACUUCAUUUUACAGGACCAGGCAAAUUUACGCAUGUCCAAGCCACCACCAGAGCCGAGGCCUCCCAGUAUGGUCAGCGAGUGCUCUGUCACCGUCUCCUCAUCCCCUGCGGACACCACCUCAGGAUCCAGGAGUUUGAAACCCAGUGGGAAGGUGCAUUGCUUUGGCAAGCGUGACCAUUCCAUCAAAAGGAACCCUAAUGUCCCAGUGGUGGUAAGAGGAUGGCUCUACAAACAGGACAGCUCAGGCAUGAGACUGUGGAAGAGGAAAUGGUUUGUGUUGUCUGAUUACUGCCUGUUUUACUAUAAAGAUAGUCGAGAGGAGACGGUUCUGGGUAGCAUUCCUCUGCCCAGCUAUGUCAUUUCCCCCGUGGGACCCGAGGACCACAUCAGCCGCAAGUAUGCCUUCAAGGCCUGCCACACGGGAAUGCGCUCCUACAUUUACAAUAAGAAUUCUCUGAUUGGCUCGCAGGCCGAGCACUGUGGCAUGAGGACCUAUUUCUUCAGCGCUGACACACAAGAGGACAUGAAUGGCUGGAUCCGGGCCAUGAACCAGGCUGCGCUGAUGCAGAGCCAUGGCGUGAAGAGAGAAGCCGAAAGAAGCUUCAAAUCUGAGCAGCAAGCAGUCCCUCAGACCAACCAUUUCUGCAGCAGCAUCAAAAGCUCCUCCCAGGCCGAGGCCCUCCAGCAGACAGCACAUGUGGAGGUGGUAGAGCUGAGGCCGGAGCGAGAUGGGGAGGACUGCUACGUUUACAGCAAGGAAUUGAUGGAGGAUCCUGUUAAAAUCUCCUCUGGAGAGUUGGAGAUGGAAGGGAUUUCCCAAUCAGGUGCCCAUUGUCGCCCACCUUCCACAGUGCCCACUCACAGGAACGGGCUGCCCCCCUCGGGCAUACCUCCUGAUCAGAACGGGAACGUGGUGUAUAAGAGGGGUCUCGUCCCCCGUACAGACACAGAGAAAAAGGUGCAAAGGAAAACUGCGCUGGCUCAGGUCGAGCACUGGGUGAAGGUGCAGAAAGGAGACCCCAAAAGCCAUCCCACUGCUGAGUACACCCUACCUAGACGGACACCACCUCUCCAGCCUAAGUCCGUCAUGAUGGAGACGUACCAGUCGUUGCCAAAGAGCACUCGCCACCACUCUGGAGGCAGUUCCCCACCAGUGCCCCGCAACCUGCCUAGUGACUACAAGUACGCCCACGACCGUCUUAGUCACUUUCGUAUGUCCACUGAUGAGCGGAUGGCCACUAAAGAGGGCAUGGUGUGGCAGCUGUACGAAUGGCAGCAGCGCCAACAGUUCCGCCAUGGAAGCCCCACUGCACCAAUCUACACCGGCCCUGACUUCAUGGACACGUCUGCCUUCAGAGUUACUCUGGAAAUGCCACGAUCCAUAUCUGUGCCACCAUCACCAUGUGACAUACCCCCACCUGGCCACCCCUCCAAGUCCUUGUCCCCACGCAGGCCCCACACGCCCGCAGACAGGGUGACGGUGCGCCCACUGGAUGACUUCGCCACCGUGGACACUCCCAGUUUGGGUUCUCCCAGAGGAAUAUGUUCCCAGAUCUCAAAGACCUCACAAAUAGAGAGGAGCUCCAUGCCAACAAUGGGAUACAUCACGCACACAGUCAGUGCACCAAGUCUGCAUGGAAAAACGCCGGAGGAGUUGACCCUGCUGCUCAUCCAGCUCAGGAGACACCGGGCCAAGAUGGCCAGUGUGCGCAGCGACACAUUCACACACCUGCAGAACCAGCACAACGGCCUCUCAGGCCCCAGUUUGCAGGCAGAUGACACUUACAUCCAGCUGAAGAAGGACCUGGAGUAUCUAGACCUGAAGGUAACUGAACGUGACUCACUUAAAGAUCGACCACCUCGGCCUGUUAAAAUAGCUGAAAGUGACAUAGAUGUAAAGCUUAGUAGGUUAUGCGAGCAAGACAAGAUCCUACAAGAGCUGGAGGCCAGGAUACGCACACUCAAAGAAGAUAAGGACAAGCUCGAGUCAGUUCUGGAUGUUUCCCAUCAGCAGAUGGAGCUGUAUCAGGAUCAGCCCGCCCAUGCAGAGAAGAUUGCCUAUCAACAGAAGUUGUUACGGGAGGACGUGGUCCACAUCAGGGCGGACAUCUCACAGGUGUCCACGGAGAUGGAGAACGCUUGGGCGGAGUACAGCCAAUUGGAGAGAGAUGUGGACAGAUUGCGUUCAGCCCUUCAAGACCAGAUGACCCACAGUGCUCUCUCUCAGCAGGAGAAAUCUCAGCUGAGGAAGGAGCUGUGGCGGAUCGAGGACGUGCUUGCAGGCCUGAGCUCCAGCAAAGCCAACUACAAAGUGACCAUUGACUCUGUUCGGAAUCCAGGUGAGAGUGGGCCCCUGCCUGCCAUCACCCCCAUGCACUGGAACACAGACCGAGAGAAGAAACUCGUGCCUUCAGCGUCAUUGUCCGCAGUGCCUUCUCUCUCUGCGAGCCCAUCCAUGGGUGAACUGAAAGCUGCUCAGCCCAGCCCUCAUCUCAGCCUGGUGCAGUCUACCCAGCAGCCCUUGCAGCUCUCACAUACAGCGCACAAGCCAAAAUGGCCUGAAGAAGACGCUCCACCCAGACCCCCUCUCCCUCACCUCUACAGUCCAGACGAACACCCCCCGGCUGUGCCCCCUCUCCCCAAAGAGACCUCCGUCAUCCGCCACACAUCAGUCCGUGGCCUGAAACGACAGUCUGAUGAACGGAAGCGUGAUCGUGAGAUCGGGCAGUACCCUAAUGGAGACCAUACGGUUGAGAUACGAGCGUUCCUGAGUGAGCCUGAACUGCUGACAGUUGGUGGUUUGAGCCGUGAUAGUGGCUACCAAACUCUACCAAACAGAGGUUUGACAGGCUCAUCUUCAAGACUGAACCAGUCAUCAAACAUUUCAUCGUUUGUCACCCUCAGAAGAGGACUCACCACCACAAGCUUGAAGGUAGGAAGCCAACAAAGUCCUGAAAGUGUCUGUUGA